AUGUUGCGAGCUAAAAAAAUCAAAAAACCUGAUUUCUUCACCCUUCCAUUUUAUGGAUAUCCAAUUAAAAAAAAACAAAAGAAAAAAAACUAUUACCUAAAAUUAAAUCAUAUAAAUGAAAUAAUCAGAUAUAUAUCUAAAGUAAAUAAAAAUCAAAUGGAUGAAUUUAUUUCUCCACAGAUUACUAAACAACACUUAGAAAAUAAAUCUCCAAAAAAUGUGUCAAAAGAACAGAAAAUGAAGCAAAAAAUGAAGCAGAAACAGAAGCAGAAACAGAAAAUGCCUGGGUUUGUUAUUACUCCUGAAACAGAAAAACAAAAUAUCCAAAAUAAUAAAUGCAUGUUAAAAAAAAUUAAUGGAGAAUUGCAAGAAUUAAAUAAUUUAGACACUUGUAAAAUAUUAAAAAAUUAUAUACCUUAUACUAAAACAACCAAAUUUAACAUUUUUAAUAAUUCGAAACAAAGAAAACACUUUUCUUAUAACCAUUAUAAUUUAAAUAAUUUUGAUAUUCUUCCAACUAUUUAUCAAACUCAAAAUUCUAACACAGAUUUGGUCAAAAAAUGUAGAGAAGCCUCACAAAACCCUAUAACUGAUCUCAGUAAACAUUGUAAAUGCUCCAAAAAUCAAAUGAAAAAAAUCAAAGAGGCAUUAAAUAAUGAUCUUUAUUUAAAUUUGCCAAAUCGAAAAAAUGAGCUCUCAAAAUAUUUGGCAUAUCCUCGUGAAAAAAUACAAAGAACAAUUUGUAGUAAUAAAAAUGCCAAAAAAAAAAUCACCAAUUCGAAUAGAUGCUUAAAUAAAUCUCAAAGUAUCCCCUUUCAAGUGGGUAGUACACAUUUCCAAACGCGUCAACCAGAUCCCCACAAAACAACAGACUGGAUGGGAGACCAUGAUAAAGUACAAAAUUCCUCGCACACAAAUAUAUGUAUAAAGCCACAAAAAAAUGCAACUACAACGUUAAUAAAUCACUCAAGAAACAUGUUAAUCAGCAAAAUAAAAAAUACAAGAAAUGAUUUCAUUUCUUUAGAAACAAAAGAAAAAAAAUUAAUAUCUACCCUUCCAAAUCUAAAACAUUAUUUUAUGAGUUACGACAAAUUAAACAAAAUGCAAAAAAUAUCUAACGAUGUUCAUAAAAAUUGCAAUCAAACACUUAUUUAUCCCAAAAAUAAAUUAUCAGAAAAAAAAAAAAAUUGUGAAAAUUUGAAUCACAACUUAGCAAUUCAAAAGCUCCUAUACCAAACGGACCGAAUAAAGUCGAUUAAAAAAAAAAAAUGUAUCGAAAAAAUUAAUAAAUAUAAAGUAAUAUACAAAAGUGAUGAUUUCGUAAGUAUAUAUAAAAACGAGAAAAAUAAAAAUAUAGACAACGAUACAGUUGAUUUGGCUAGUUUAUUAUGUACACCUGGAUAUGUAGGUAAUUAUUUAGAUAAAUCUAAUUCAACAAAUAAUGAUAUCUUUGAUAAUAAAGAAAAAAAUAAAAUGUCUAAAACCAAGUUACUACAAAAUGAAGAACCAAACUUAUCUUUUGUAAAAAAUAAUUUACAAGUUCCAAAAUAUUACAACAUAAACAAUUCCUUAAAUAUUCCUAAAGAAUCUCAAACAAGCCAAAAAUUUAAUAAUCAAUUUCGAACUAAACAAAAUGAUGAUAUUUUACAAAAUAUGACUAAAGCUAUAAAUAGUUCCCCAACUCUUAAUCUCGAUUUACAAUAUAUUACAUUUUUUACUGAAUUAUUAAAAAAUAAAAAAAAACACAUAUUAUAA